CCUGAAAAUACUCCAGUACAGAUAACACUAAUUUACAUAUUGAACUCGGUAUAUAUUUUCUCUCCGGCGGAGUUUUCUUCCCGGCAAACCGAAGGAUUUUGCCUGAUUUAAUAAUGUAUGCUAGCUGGGGAGUUGUGCAUCGAUGGGUAGAUCCGGUGGUAGCGUCUCGACCAUAUUGCCCUUUCGUUGCCGUGAUUCAGCCCGUAAGGGGGUUGAACGUGAGCCGGUCCGUUUAUCAUAACGCAAAGGUGUUGAAAUCGGUUGCGAAUACAGAUACAGUUGUGGCAACUGAUGACAAUUACGGGCAUAAGGAAGUGAUUAGUGUUAAUCCGAGGCUUUACGACUACUUAUUGGCUAAUGUCAGAGAGCCCGAGAUUAUGCGCGAGCUUAGGGAGGAAACUGCUACCUUGCGUGGUAGUCAAAUGCAGGUGUCGCCUGAUCAAGCGCAGCUUCUUGCAAUGCUUGUUCAGAUUCUAGGUGCACAAAGGUGUAUUGAAGUUGGUGUCUACACUGGUUACUCAUCUCUUGCAGUUGCUCUGGCCCUACCAGAAGGAGGUCAGAUAGUUGCCUGUGAGAGAGAUGCAAAAUCACUAGAAGUUGCACAGAGGUACUAUGAGCGUGCAGGUGUUUCAAAUAAGGUGAAUGUGAAACACGGGCUAGCAGCUGAUACUCUAAAGUCCAUGAUUCAGAAUGACGAAGGUGGCAGCUAUGACUUUGCCUUUGUAGACGCAGAGAAGAAAAUGUACCAAGAUUAUUUUGACUUACUGCUACAACUGGUGAGAGUUGGAGGUGUUAUAGUGAUUGACAACGUUCUCUGGCAUGGAAAAGUUGCUGAUCCCCUGGUAAAUGACUCGAAGACUCGUAGUAUCAGAAACUUCAAUAAAGAAUUGAUGGAUGACGAUCGUGUAAGCAUUAGCAUGGUUCCGAUUGGCGAUGGCAUGACAAUUUGUCGGAAAAGAUAGCCUGGAAAAUUCAUGCAUACACACUGUGUAACCAUACACGAAUUGAUAACAAGGAAACUUGCACGUAUCCACAUAUAUACGCGUGUGAUUGUGUGUAGAUCUAUGCUGUAAAACCGCCCCAUGUAUUUUUACGAGAUGUAGCAUCUAGAAGACGGUAGUUUUGUACGAGGGAACAUUGAACUUGAUGUCCUAUUUUUCAGAAUUUUAAUUUUAGUUUCAAUUAUUCAAAAAAGAAAAAAGAAAAUCGGAAUUAAUUUUUAACACAUGAGAAAAAUAAUCGAAAAUGCUAAUUUCGAUCCGUUCGAUUUCCACUUGUAAUGUAAACAGAUGAAUGGCAAACCUCUUCAUGCAUG